GCAACAACAUGUACCGUACCCACCCCCAUAUAAGGACAUGAUGUCGAUGUUGGUUGUCAUGGUAACCAACCUUCCAACUUAUUAUAAUGCAUUGGUUGUUGGUAAAUGAUGUUUCUAUGGAUCCUCAGAAGAAUGAAUUUGAAAACAAACUUGUGGUUUCAAUUCAAGAAAUCUGGUUUCCUCUGGUUAUGGUAGAAAUGAACUGCCAACGCAACCCCAUAGUUUUAUGGAACCUUUUCAAUUCCCUUCAUUCAAUAUUCCAACUUCAUUCACAAAAAGUUAAAAACUUAUGGGCUCUUGUUGUUUCAUCCGAUUUACUCUUGUUAGCAUUGAGGUUGAAGACACAAGUUGACGCAAAUGAAAGCCAUCCCAUGUUACACGACUCAAUUUGCCGAUUCAUUUCAACAAUAUCCGUCACGUUUCUUCAUCUAACGGAAAAUUACGAAGAAAUUUCGGAAUCUGUUUUGCCACAGGGGAUAUCCAACUUAUCAGGUCUACCAUCGGAGCUACACCAUCACCUACUAUCGCCAUCCAGUGGUAACAUAGACAUCAGCAAACAAGUUGCAACGAUCGUUCUGCUUUCAAUAUUUGCUUGGAGUGGAAACUGCCCCACCCCCCACCCCACCCUACAUAGUUGUACGACACAGUUGGCUGCACAAGGAUCUUCGUUCCCAACAUUUAUCAUCAAACUUAUUUGCUUCCUUGCAAUGGUUUGCAAAGAAGAAGACAAGAUGACGGACCUUCCCCAUUCUCUCAUACACCACCUUGUGGAGACAAACACCAUAUAUUUCCCCCACCCUACUUAUGUGAGGGUGUUGUUACAGGAACCAGAGUCGCUUAUCCCUAAUGAGGUGAAAUCACAAGUGGUAACGCAAUGGAUAUCAAGUAUAGAUGAACCAUACACUGAUUCCCCUGCCUUACUUAUAUUGUCCGAUCUUAUUCAAGCUAACUCACAAGUUGCACAACUUAUUGCUAACACCUUGCUCCAUUCAACCAACCAAUCACAAUCCAGCAAACUUUUUUUUAUUUUAAACCAAGCCAUUAUGACAUCAUCAUCACAAACAGAGGAUAGUGAUGACUCACAAUCAAGCAUUGUUACAUGGAUAAUGGAUAUUGUACCAAACAUAGUGGACGCUUAUUUAAACUGGGAGUUCAUUAAGCAAGCAUCACCUUCCACCACCCACUUAUUGAUGAAACUUCUCCAUCUGCUUCUUCCUCAUCAACCUCCUUUAACUGACCAUAAGAUUGUGAGGAAAGCUGUAUCCAUCGUUGUUAAUGCUGUCCAAUCAACUGAUGAUGUCAUUGAUGACAUCAUAAUACACAAUGUUCUGGAUUUGUUAAACGUUUUGAUCCAGGACAAAUCAGUUACAAAGUGGAAUAUCAUUGUUUCAAAUCCGGAAUUAAUGGAGGUUUUUCAUUCGCUGAUUCAUCGACCAAUCACAAGCCAGGGAUCGAGUCAUGUGACCAGUGGUGCGAUUGCAUUGCUUUCUACCAUGAUGACAAUUCAUGGGAAGGUAAACAAACCAAUACCAAUAGAGGUCCCUCAACUACUGGUAAUGAUUCGGGGGAAUACCCAUAAUGCAUUACAAGCUUCUGCUUUUCUUCUCUGGACCGAAAUAUUUCGCUUCAACCUUCAAUCCGAUUUCAUCUCUCUAUCUCCACCUAGUGAGCCGAGGAAGAAUCUUCUCGACCACUCAAGCGCGAAGCUGUAUCCACUCAACCAUAGAAUAUUCCGUGAGGUUUGGAUUCUUGGUUUGAACUCGACAGCUAAGCCACAACAACAACUAAAACUCAACUCCAUGCGCUGUAUACUUGCCAUGAUGACGUUUGUUCGUGACGUCAUGUGUGACGUCAGUUGGUUUGAGCAAUUAGUGACGUCACCGUGGCUUUCAUUGUCGCUUGAUAUGAAUCAGAAUGAGGAUAGUGACGUCACAGAAGUGUGUCGCGCUGUUGAAACGUUACGUCAUCAACAAACCACGUGACAACAAUCGCGAAUUUCAGAUUUGAUUAUGACGUAUGAAAGGUCGUUUGUUUUUAUUUUCUGUUGUUUUGUUUCUUUUGAGUUUUUUUUCGGUUUGCUUGUGAUAAACCUAACGUUGUUUAAAUGCGAUAAUGAUCCAACUCAGCACUUCACCCAUAUGGUAUAGUAGGAUGGGGGAAGAUGGCACACCUUUUCAAUCUAUUUUCUCUUCCAAUUUGGUAGUAAACAAACAUUUAACGAUUUUUUAUGAAACUUUAUCCUCACGGCUCCCACAGAUCGUUGUUAAUUGUUUAAAACACAAUCAGGAUAUUUGGUUAUUAUGUGUCAAAGGUGUCCCAUCUUCCCCCACCCUACUUUAUAGAAACGUUAAAAAUGUCGCGGAUUUUAAACAGAUUCCCUGACUUUGUUAUUUGAACUAUUAUUGCUGUUUAAAACAUACCAUGAAAAGCAUACAAGGCUGGUUUUUACCCAAGUUUAUAGUUUAAACCCAGAUUGAUAUAAACCUAAUUGUUGUUUAAUUAACCUAUGGUCAUAAAAAACUUACGAAUUAAAUGAAUUACCCAAACUCUUUUAAAUAUUGACACUUAGAAUUUUGAUUUUGUCUCUCAUCUAUAAUUGCACCUACUACAAGAUAACUCAGUAAUUACCUAAACACGUCCAAAUCAUUACACCUACUGUCUUUAUUACCCUAAUAUGAAAUAACUCGGUAAUGACUGAUUAGUAGGAAAUGUUGGUUGGUUUUACCCGGUGAAGAUUGGACCACACCUGUGUUCAAUGAUCAUAAGAUGGCUUUGUAUCUUGUUUUGUGUUGGUAACGCGUCUAAUAAAUGUGUUUUGUCACCGUGUUUAAGUUUGCCGCGUCUUCCGUUCGCCGUGCCCUCCCACGUGAAGCGUACGGACCAAUUCAAGCGAGACAUUGUGAUUUAGGAGAAGCUCACACAGUGAAGAAAGAAAAGAUUAUAAGACAGUGGGUUAGAG